AUGAAGUUUGGCAUGGGUGGUCUGUGUCCGGUCUGCGGUGACACUGUCACCGGCGUCCAUUACGGCGUGCCGACUUGCGAGUCUUGCAAGCUGUUCUUCAGGAGGGCGGUUCGCUGCGGCAAGCACACCACCUUCAAGUGCGCCAACCGCUUGGGCUGCUGCCCCAUAGGGCUGCACAACAGGAUCGUCUGCAAGUACUGCAGAUACGUCAAGUGCCUCCGCACCGAGGGGCUGGUGCCGCAGUACAGCUGGUCGCGAGCCGGGAACGCGAUCAUCCUGCUCGGCGAGUACAGAUUCAAGAAGAGGUCGCGCCACGUGAACCAGAAGCAGGAGAUACACUGGGUGUGCAACAAGUGCGACAAGGGCUGCAAGGCCAAGCUGACGACCUUGAACGACGCCAUUAUCAAGAUAUACAACGUGCACGACCACGAUGGCAUGAGGAAGGCGAAA